GUCUAGAAUCAAACAAAGGUGGGUUUUGGUGUGUUGGGUAUAAAUACAGCCGUGAACGCUGUCUGAACAUACACUCAACUUCUCCAAUUAGGAAGAGGAAGAAGAAAACCUAACUGAAGAUGACCCUCAGGCCCGUCGUGGUGCUGGCUCUGGCCGUGCUGGUGCCUGUGCUGUGUAUGGACAUGAAAAAGCGCUGUGGGCUCAGAGACCAAGUCAGGGCCUCACAAUUCCCAAGGAGAGUAUGGGAGAACAAUCUGGCAACAGUCAUCUGUGAAGUGGAGAAAUUUGUCAACCACUCCUUGAUGAACCCACCCAUGCCUCCUCCUACUUUUGCACCCUGCAACUUCAGUACCCCUGCUCUUAACUCCACCUCGGCACCCUGUACCCCCUCUCCACCCCCUCCAUCCACAACAAUCCCUCCACCCCCUCCAACAGCAAGUGAGUCCAGCUCCGAGGAGGACAGCAGUGAGGAAGGGAGGGGACGGGAUGGAGUAGGCAAAUACCUCCGACGCUGUGUUGUUGUAAUCAAUGGCACCAAUGUGAAAGUAGAUGGUGCCUGCCUUGGAAUGAACAAGGUGUUUGUUAAGAUCUUUUUGAAUGCUGGUGAAGAAUGUAAGAAGAUAGACCCUGCUCUCUUCUUCCGGGACUGCCGUAAUCCUGGACCACCCAAACCUAACUCUGGCCCUGACAACUCUGACUCAGAUGAGGAUCGUCCCAAAUUUAAGCCAAAGUUUGGAUGGGCGCCCAAACCUGGGAAGAAGCCUCGCCACUAGAGGUCACCAUAGUGUUUAAUUCAGACAAUCAUAAACUCAGUGUAACUGAUUAGUUUAUUUUUUGAUUUGUCAUUAAACACUAAAUUAAACACUUUAUUCAAGUGUA